AUGUUCACGGCGGCAGCUUCAUCAAGCACAGGAAAGUGGCGGACAGCGUUUCUCUCUCUCAGAGACGAAAUCUCAACCACACCACAGCCACCGGUUCCCUUGUUGCUUCAGGAUCUAAUCUUCUCUCACUCCGAGUCCCUUCUCUCUGCCGUCUCUCUCCUCCCACCGCACGAGAUCUCUUCUGACUGCUUGUUCCUUCUUGAUUUGGUUUCCAAAGCUGAUGGUCCUGACUGGAUCCCUGUCUCUCUUCAUACUUGCAAACUGAUACAUGAUGUUUGCGCUCGUGUACUUUUACAUCAAAAUUCAUCGUCAUGGCCGCUCCUUCUUCACUCUUUUGCCAAUAUCUUGGAGUUUCUUCUACGCCAACCAAUGCCUUCACCCUCUUCCACUUCAUAUUCCUCCAGAAUCGAACCUGUGAUCCAAUGUUUCGAGACUCUAAGACGUUUGGCCGCUCUGUACCAAAGAAAUAGCUCCCAUCCGGAGAACAUUCACCUUGUCAAGUUUCUCCUGCGCAUUAUUCCGUUCCUGCACCACGAUUUAGUUGCGUCGUAUGGUUUCUCAAAUCAAGACCAUACUGGGAAAAAACUGCUGAGCUUAUGGGAUGCCAUGGCUCUUGCCUUUGACAUGUUUGGUGGAGCCUUUUCUGUCUCUGGGUCUUUGUUUCCUAAUGACGUCUGCCAAUCCACCCUGGAGGUUCUAAGGAAAGUAAUGGACGUCUUAGCAUCCAAAGGACAGCUUGUCGAAGACCGAUCUAUGUGGCGAUUCUAUUCCUGUCUUCUUGACUGUGUGCACCUGGUUCUUACAAAUAUCAAAUGUCCGGUUUCUGAUCACGUCUCCAGUUUCAUAGCGGCAUUGAGAAUGUUUUUCUGUUUCGGACUUAAUGGCCCACCUCAGUUCUCUCAUCCUGAUGUUGUUCACAAGGAUAAACAGUUGAAUGUCAAGCUUUCCCCAGUGAUUUCUGGAGAAAGUAAGAAUGCCAAAGAUACUCGUUAUAGGCCACCCCAUUUGCGCAAGAGGGAUGAGUUGAACUCUAAGCUUCCAGUGUCUUGUGACUGGCGGCGCAUGUCUGCUCAUGAUUCUACUAGUUCUGAUGUUAUAUCAUCAGAUUCUGAUUUUAGUGACAGUGACGGAUCCAUUAGGGAUUCUUAUGGCGCCCAAAGCUCUAAGAUCAGGAUAGCUGCGAUUGUUUGCAUACAGGAUCUUUGCCAAGCUGAUUCAAAGUCAUUUACCACUCAGUGGAUGGCACUCGUGCCAACCAAUGAUGUGCUGAAGCCAAGGAAGUUUGAAGCUACUCUGAUGUCCUGCUUGCUUUUUGAUCCUCAUUUAAAGGUAAGGAUUGCAUCUGCGUCAGCUCUUUCCACCAUGAUGGAUGGGCCUUCAUCUAUUUUCCUUCAAGUAGCAGAGUAUAAGGAAUCCUCUAAGUAUGGAUCGUUCAUGCCCCUCUCAAAUUCCCUUGGUCUAAUAUUAAUGCAACUCCACACAGGCAUUCUACAUUUGAUUCAACGUGACAAUAAUGGUAGAUUGUUGAUUCAGCUGUUCAAGUUUCUCAUGCUGCUGAUAUCGAGCACACCUUACUCGAGAAUGCCAGGAGAAUUGCUUCCAAAAGUUAUAAAGUCUCUGCACGCUAGGAUUAAUGAGGGGUUUCCCUUCAAAAAUGAUAAAACCGGUCUCCUGGUUGCCGCAAUAGGUUGCCUGUCAGCUGCAUUCUCUACCUUUCCUCCUCAGAUGAAUGUACAAAAUAUGCUUUUAGAUGAGACAUCAGCAGGAUUCGACGGAUGUGAAUGGAAGUCAGGAGUUAUCUUUACUUUAUUUCGUUUUGCUGAGCAAUAUUCUGACGCAUCGACAUGCAUUGAGGCUCUUCAGGUCCUCCGAGCUAUGGCUCUCAAUUACCCAACAAUAGUGUCAGCGUGUUGGGAACGGGUCUCUGUCCUCGUGUAUAAACUUUUGCAGAGUGCUGUUGUUGAAGACCCUGCAACGAAGUGGAAGGCUUCAGUUAAAGAGCCCGUUGGAUAUAUUGGGGAUAAAAUCCUUACAGCUGCUAUUAAGGUUUUGGAUGGAUGCCUUCGCGCAAUAUCUGGAUUUAAGGGAAGUGAGGAUCUUCAUUAUGAUAGAAUAAUGGAUACACCAUUUACAUCUGACUGCAUAAGGUCAAUAAGAAUUUCAUCUGCACCAUCAUAUGGAUUUGAGAAUCCCGAAUUUGGUCAAGAGCCUCCCUUUCAGGAAGGAUGUUACCAAUGGUCUGAGGCUAUUCGUAAACAUAUAGUUCUGGUGUUACACAAUGGCUCUGCGGGGGUGAGGAGCACUGUGGUUACUUGCUUUGCUGGUAUUACAUCAUCCGUAUUUGUCUCUUUCAGUCAGAAGGAAAGGGACUUUGUUACUUCAUCAAUUAUAAACGCUGCACUGCAUGACAAAUCACCUUCAGUCAGAUCAGCAGCUUGCCGAGCUAUUGGUGUGGUUUCAUGUUUUCCAGAAACUUCUUUAAGUGUUGGGAUAUAUGAAAAGUUUAUCUUAGCUGUUGAAGCAAAUACCCGCGAUCCCUUGAACUCGGUGCGUGUAACAUCAUCCUGGGCUUUGGCCAAUGUAUGUGAAGCUCUGCGUUACCACGUCAGUGAUAGGUCCUUUGAAGGAUCAAAUACAAAUUCACAAGUCGUGGACUCGCUAAUAGAAUGUGCUUUGCGCCUUACUGAGGAUGGGGACAAGGUCAAAGCCAAUGCAGUUCGAGCACUGGGGAGUAUUUCUAAAUAUGUAAAAUUGAGAUCACGCGCGGUAGAUUCAAGCUGGUUGGAGAGAACCGUGCAAGCAUUUCUUUCCUGUGUUACUACUGGUAAUGUUAAGGUUCAAUGGAAUGUAUGUCAUGCGUUAAGCAAUUUAUUCUCCAAUGAGACAGUAAAACUACAAGAUAUGGAUUGGGCUCCAAGUGUUUUUAGUAUCCUACUGUUACUGCUUCGUGAUGCAUCAAACUUUAAGAUAAGAAUACAAGCUGCAGCCGCUUUAGCUGUUCCUGUAACCCCGCUUGCUUAUGGGAGAUCAUUCCCUGAUGUUGUCAAAGGUGUGUGGCAUACUUUACAGAAUCUGAAUUCCGACAGAGAGACAACUCCAGCAAAUUUCAAAUAUAAGAAAUCGCUUGAGAAUCAGUUAACCUCGACCAUGCUGCAUCUCCUUAGCCUAGUUUCAAGCUCUCAUUGUGAAGCGUUGACAGAUUUUCUUGUUAAAAAAGCCUCUUUUCUAGAGGAGUGGUUAAGAGGAUUGUGUGUCACAUUGAAGGAGGAAGACAAUGCGUCUGGAUCAUCAAGCAGCACGAGCACUUCGGGUGAGAAGCAGAAAAAAGAGUUGAUCUCUAGAGCUAUACGAUCACUUGCCAGUAGUCUAGGGGAUAAACAUAUCCCUGAAAUGGCUCUAAAGUUGCAAGAGUUAGAUAGCAGUGUGAAUUGA